GCCUCUGGGGAUGGGGAAUAUGCAAUUGAAUGACUUGGGUUGGAAGGGACCAUUCAUCCAAGUUGCAGCAUUCUGCCAUAGAUUCUACGGACAGUCCUUGGAUGGUGCAGGAAAAAACCCAAAAGGUGCAAGUCUGAGUCAGCUGUAGGAAUAUUGUUUUCAGCACCUGGCUUGCGGGGUGUGAAGUUGUAUUGAUUUGUUGUUGUAGAGAUAUAUGCAAAGCUGCUUGUGGGAUGCUCUGGGGGAAAUUAGUUUGCCUCUGAAACUCCAUUAAUUUGUGAUGCUUUGAGUUUUCAGCUAUCUGGAGACAAAAAUAAUGAAUACAACGAAUAUGGAUGACUUUGUGUAGGAACAGUUGGCAAAAAAAAUAGAAGAAAAAAAAGAGUAAUUUGGAAAUGAUGUCAGUGCCCUGCAGUGCUGCAGCACUGUGAGUUUUCAGCUCACUCAGUAUUCAUCUGGCUUUGGAAACUGGUGCACACGAAGCCUCGGUAGCUUUGGCUUUGAGACACAUUGUUUGAUGAAAGAUGGCCCUGAAACUUAAAAUCUGUUUUGUUUCUUGAAUGUCGAUGUCACUGUGGUGGUGUUUUCCCCAAAAGAGUAAAAAGGAAAUGCCAGACUGCUGAUUGAUUUCAAUGACUAAUAUGUGUUAAUGAACUUGGAAACAACCUUUAACAGCAUAUUGGGUAACAGCACUAAUUGCAGCUAGAAAAAUAAUAUUGGGAAGAUUAAUAUAGACCAGGAAGUAGCUGAGGAAUGUGACAGCAUGAGACAAACAAGGCCUGCCCAAGCAAGGAGCCCAUCAGGGCAGUUCAUGGGCGGCAUUGGUAUCAUACAUUGAAAAGGGCAGGACUGGAAAUCAAUGGAUUUAAUGGGUUUCUUGAAGACUUGUUAUUGGUCAGUGUGGGAAAUCAGCAGUCUGACUUCCUGCACACUUUUGGGUAUCCAAGGAGAUGUUGGUAGAGAGUGAAAAGGCAUCUGUGUUCACCGCUCUCCUGUAGCUGCAGCCCCAUCCCCACUUUGUGCCACCGUUUGUCACAACAAGCUGAGCAAUCCACUUGGGUGUUGAACUGAUAAAAUAUGCAGCCAGUAUAAACUGAUGAGCAAGGUGACGCAGUAAGGUCACUUUGACACGAGGGUUGUUUUCUAUGAGCCUUUUUAAUUUGAAAUAUUCAGGGCAGUUUGAGAGCUUUGACAUGUAGUAAGAUCCUGACCUGUUUUCCACCAAAUUGCAAUUAUACGGCCUUGGCUUAAUAAUGUAUUGUCAUCUGGAAUUGGGUCAAAGCAAAUCCACAUACGUUACAUAAUUUGAAUUGGCUUAUACAAAGAGAAGGGGAUAGAAUUUCAUAAGCCCUUUAAAUAAGGGAUAACUGCAAUACCAGAAAUGUUUUAAUGUCAUUUGAAGCUAAAUUUUAUAAUGCACUUCCAGGUGCAGUGUUUAAAGAUGAAGCUGUUUCUGUGAUGGGAAGAUUUGCUUUCAUGUGUUUGGAGCUGUGCUGGUAGGAUGCCCAUAGGAUGCUUUGCUGUGCUCCGGAGCCGGUGGUGGACACUGCAGGGCACUCUGCACAGCUGGGCUGGCGGGCGGCCCUCUGGCUCCAGGCAGGGCAGCAGGCUGUGUGCUGGGACCUGAGAAACUGUGUGAUGUGCUGUGAAACCAGCAGGCUGCCUGAAACAGGAGCUCCAAGGGAGAUGUGAUCGCUGCAGCCACUGUGAAAGAAGAAAUAACUGAAGCCAGAAGGUAAUAGGAACUGAAUUUGUAUGUAUUUAAUUAGUGAGCACACAUGUAAGGGAUAAUGUCUUUUAGAAGAAAUGCAUACUGUGUUUCUGAGCCCUCCCUUAUCUUCCCAAGGGUCGUAAUGAACUCCUCUGAGUUCUGCAGAUGUCCAGAUUAGAUGCCCUGUGCACCCGCUCUGUGGAAUGGCUUUUGAGCAGUUUGGGUUCUUUUCCCUUCAGAAGCACUCAGGAAGAGUCCCAGUUUCAUUCCUAUCUGCACACAGCUCUGGAGUGGGAUGAUGCACCAAGCUGCUACAAGUCAGAUAAAUCUCCUCCCCUGCCUGAAGAAAGGCUUUGGGGCUUCCUGUAGACUUGUGAUGCACCAUGCAGGUUCUGUUGGCUGUUCUGCACAUUCUUUGUUCUCCCAACAAGCUUUGAGUAGAGUUCUUAUUGCUCAGAAACUGUAGCUGGGGUCGCUCCAAGUGGUUGUUGUGUGGAGCUCUCCUUAUGGGUGGGAAAGCUGAUGAUGUGCAGUUCACCCUUUUGGUAGAGAUCUGGCUCUUGUCUCCAUGUUUUUCACUUCUGAAUUAGAGACUGCAGAUUGCAAUGAUUUUUGGUUAACCAAUUUGUGCUUUCUUUAGGAUGAAAUCAUCCCUCCCUUGGAACUCUUGCCUGCUACCUAUAGAAGGAAAUGGGAGCGUAUGUCUGUAUGUUGUGAUCUUUUGGGGUGAAUACACUAAAUAUGUGCUAUAAACAUAGCACAAAUUUAUCAUGCAGUAUUUGCUAGCUGUUAAGAGACCAUAAGCUGCCCUUGCCCCCGUCUCGCUCUCUCUCCAAAUAAGGACCCCUCUUUGUUCAGCUUUCUUUGAAAACAGGUGUAAGGUUGCAGGAACGGGGCGAGGUGAGCUUCAAUCCCUUGAACUCCCGCCUUUCUAAACAUUUGCAAGCAUAUAGCCAAAAAACUGGCACCAAUGAGCAAAGCAGCUGCGGCAUGUUCCAAAUCUUGCUCUAUUUAAAGCAUCCCAGGGUGCACAGGAACAACUGCAGAGACAAACCUUAACACUUGUCCAUAAAGCCAGCAGAGGGAGGAAUGGCAGAACCAGCCCAGCUCCCACUUUCACGCCUCGUGGUACCCAUCCUGCUUGCAGUUGGCUGGAUAGUGGGUUGUGCACUGAUGGUUUACAUCGUCUUUUCCUGACAGAAGACAGAAGAAUUUAUGAUGAUGCUGAUCAGAAGAACUUGAAAGUUAGAUUGGGAUGUCUAAUAACUAAAAUAUGUUUUAAAUUAAUUAUUUUUAAUAUCAACGCCAUAGAUACUGUGUACACCCUUUUUGUCCACAACAAGUCUCAUGAGCCCAUUCUUCCACUUGUAAGCAGAUAAAACAAAGAGCACAUCUCUUCCCCUGA